CAUUUGUGCUCCGCUGGCUUCCUCCCUCCCUCCUUCCCGUCGACUUCGUCCGCUAGGGAGGUUUUCAUUCAUCUACCUUCUUCGCCUCUCCAAUCCGCCAUCGUCGUCUGCAAUAUAAUUCAAGUGAAGGUGGUAGCAGAGUGCAAUGUGGUCGGUCCUGAGAUCCCGAAUCGUUUCGCCCCCUUCGAAGCAGCUAGGGUUUUCCCCAUCCCUCCUCAACCGGUCCCUCCAUUCCUCUGCCGCGGACAGCGGCGGAGAGUUGCUGAAACUGGAUGAGGUCGAGAAGAUCCUCAGCGAUGUCAAGGCGGACAACGUCCAAGUCAUACGCAUCCCGAAACGCGACGAGUUAUUAUCGGAUUACAUGGUUGUCGCCACCGGAAGAUCGGCCUGGCACGUCAGGAACAUCGCCCAAGCUCUAAUCUACAAGGUCAAGCAGAAGCAGAAGGGCGCGGAGAGGAUGCUGCUGCCAAGCGUGGAAGGGGAAGAAGGAGGGAAUUGGAUUGUUAUCGAUUCCGGGUCGGUGAUUGUCCACGCCCUUGAUGAGAAGGUGAGAUCGUAUUACAAUUUGGAGAGCCUGUGGGGCAUGGAUGCGUCCAACGGUGAAGGGUGCGGCCAGGACAAGGAUUUGGAGCAGGCGUUCGCCAAGGUUCGGCCCAAGAAUAACUCGAAGAAACGUCCGAAGGCGAUUGAGUCGAGAGCUUGAUCUUUUUGCAGUUCAUGCUUAUGCAGAGGUGAACUUGAUUGCAGGUGAAAAAUGGGUUCAUUCUUCUCUUCUUGUUUGCUCUGUAUUCUGGGGAUUCUUGUGCUGUGCUUUUCCUUUGGUAGCUGUGAAGAUCUUUGUUCCAGUGAAUAGUUUCUAUAGCCCCACCAAAUCUCAAGAGUUUCUAAGUGCUUUGUGCUCUACUGAAUUGUUGUUCAUCAGAUGUAAAAAUUGGUUGCUUUGAGAUGAUUUAAUUCAUCUCCAUCGAUGCCCAAAGUUUUCAUUUCUUUUGCUUAUACACAGCUUGAAUUUGUUCCCAUAGUUUUUAUAAUCCCACUCAGUUUGUGCAUUUAUAAUCCCACUUCGUUUGUGCAUAUUUAUAAUCCCACUUCGAGUGUCCCUCUCUUAAUCAAGUUCUAUGUCUCAA